AGAUAAAUGGAGUACAUUUCGAUCAAUUUGGAUUAUCCCUAAUUAGUAAUCAUAAACCCCAAGAUCCGCCGAUCAAAUGGCCGCCGAGCAAAGCAGCGUUCUCCGGCAGACGAGCCCGCUCCAAGAUCGGGUGGCGAUCGUCACCGGUUCAUCGCGAGGAAUCGGCAAAGCCAUUGCCCUCCACCUGGCUUCUCUCGGCGCUAAACUCAUCAUCAAUUACACCGCCAACUCCGCUCAGGCCGACCUCGUCGUCUCCCAGCUCAAUUCCGGCCGAUCCCCGCGAGCAAUCGCCGUGAAAGCCGACGUGUCGGAUCCGGCCCAGGUGAAGUCCCUGUUCGACGCGGCAGAGGCGGCUUUCAACUCGGUCGAUAUUCUGGUCAAUUCGGCCGGCGUGCUGGACGCCAAGUACCCGUCGAUUGCCGGUACGGAGAUCGAGGACUUUGACCAGACCUUCAGCGUCAACACGCGCGGCGCGUUCCUCUGUUGCCGGGAGGCCGCCAACAGGAUCAAGCGCGGCGGCGGGGGGAGGAUCAUCUGUCUCACUUCGUCGUUGGUGGCGGCGCUGAGGCCAGGGUUCGGGGCUUACGCGGCGUCGAAAGCGGCCGUCGAAGCGAUGGUGAAGAUUCUGGCUAAAGAGCUGAAAGGGACGGGGAUAACGGCGAAUUGCGUGGCUCCUGGGCCGGUGGCUACGGACAUGUUCUUCGAAGGGAAAUCGGAGGAGGCGAUAAAGAAGGCGGUGGAUGAGAGCCCCUUUGGCAGACUUGGGGAGACGGAGGACAUAGCUCCGGUGGUUGCAUUCUUGGCCGGUGACGGAGGUGAGUGGGUCAACGGCCAGAUCAUUCGAGUCAACGGUGGAUAUGUGUGACCUAUCAGAUUCCGAAAACAUAAUCUCUUUUACAAUAUGAGUUGUGACUUGUUUGUUAUGGCUUUUAUGAUUGAGUUGGCAAAUGGUUCUCCAAUUUAAAAAAUUGUUAAAUAAUCCAUGUAAUCAAAUAUUCUAAAUGAGUUAAUGAGCUCCAUGUUAUUUUCUCUAAAUAACUUUAUUUUUGGUUA